AUGUUUGGGAGCGGGGGGGUUUCGGACGGGUACGAGAUCGGCUCAAAGAGACCAAGAAUGAUGGAAUCGAAUCCCUACUUCGCAGUGAGCAGCGGUUCAACUGGUUAUCAAUCCCAUGGCUAUGGCAGCAGAUUUGUUUCCUCUGCAUUUCCUGUGGUUCGUCUCAGGGGGCUUCCUUUCAACUGCACAGACAUUGACAUUUUCAAGUUCUUCACUGGGCUGGAUAUUGUGGAUGUGUUGCUGGCAAACAAGAAUGGGCGAUUCUCGGGGGAGGCUUUUGUCGUCUUUGCAGGACCCAUGCAGGCUGAGAUUGCUCUACAGAGAGAUCGCCAGAACAUGGGGCGGAGGUAUGUGGAAGUUUUCAGGUGCAAAAAGCAGGAUUAUUACCAUGCUGUAGCUGGGGAGGUGAAUUAUGAAGGAAUUUAUGACAAUGACUUCCAAGGGAGUCCCCCUCCAUCUCGAUCCAAGAAGUUUCAUGAUAAGGAUCAAAUGGAGUACACUGAGAUACUGAAGUUGCGUGGUCUCCCUUACUCUGCCACAAAAUCUGCUAUUGUAAAAUUUUUUGGGGACUUCAAGUUGGCAGAUGAUAAGAUACACAUUGCAUGUCGCCCAGAUGGAAAAGCUACUGGAGAGGCAUAUGUUGAGUUUGCUUCGGCUGAGGAGGCGAAGAAAGCAAUGUGCAAAGACAAGAAGAUGAUUGGGUCGCGAUAUGUGGAGCUAUUUCCUUCAACACCCGAUGAAGCCAGACGGGCCGAGUCAAGAUCACGGCAGUGA